AAAAAAAAAAAAAAAAAUUAAAUCCCUUCCGCCCACCCGAUGGCUUCGCCGAGUGCAGCCCUCGGCCCCCGGACACCGGCGCCCGAGGGCCCCGGUCCCCUCCGCCGGUCCCUGGAACACCUCCCGACGGAGCUGUUGCGGCCCAUCGCCGAGGGCUUGGUCCCCGCGCGGCCCCUGACCACCCGGUUCGCCCUCCGCGGCUCGGGCACGUGGGAGUUUCGAGACGCUAGCCAUCAGUGGGCCGACUGGCUGGUCUGCCACAACAACCUCUUGUCCUUCGCUCAGACGUCACGGCGCAUUGCCGCCAUCGUCAAGCCCUUGCUCUAUGACACGCUCGUCAUCCCCACACCAUGUGCCCUGGUCGGGCUCCUUCGCCGCAUGGAGAACAACCCCUCCAUCAGGCCGUGGAUUCGCAGCGUCACUUGCCUGGUCAACGUCGCCGGUGCCACCACCAUCGACGAAGUGCACCGAGAAUGGGAGAGACAAACCGGAGCCAAGUGGGACGGCAGUCGGCACGGCGGGCCCUACCAGUUCGCCAUCGCCCUUAGCAUCCUCAAAACCAUUCUCUUGAAUGCGCCGAAUCUGCGGGAUUUCUUAUUGGCCCCCCCCGACUCCCCGUUCGGCGCCGAACACCCCGAUCUGGUGGGGCCGGCUAUCCGGGAUGCCAUCAUCCGCUACCGCGCCGAGAAGUUCGCACCCGUGGCGGAAAGAUUGUUCGACCUCUUCCCUUUCUCUCGCAUGCGUAAUCUCACGUCAUUACGCAUUUACUGCCACAGGGAGGAUGGCGAUCGCCAACUAACCCUAUCCCGUCUGAUAGCCGACCACGCCGUCGAGAUUCUGCCGCGGCUGACGCACGUCAAGACGCUGGAGCUUUGUUGCGCGUCUGCCGACCCCGUCACCGGCUCCGACAUCGCGCUUCCUCCGCUACCGCACGUCGAGCACCUCCGCAUCUACGGAAGCCACAUCCACGAGCCGCGGUUGGUUGCCCUGUGUCUAGCCUGUGCCAACCUAAAGACGCUGGUCGUACAUUUUGAGACAAGUUCGACCGACGAGGACCGCGACCUAUUGCCAGAAGGCAAGACCCUGAGCGAUGCCCUCCUCUCGCUCUCCGGAUCGCUGCAGACGCUCGAGCUGGUCUCGCUGUCAGAAGGCCAUUACCUGACCCGUGGCAAGGAGAGGCCGAGGAAACCGGAGAACCACCGGCUACGAUGCAUCCCCGAGCUGACGCGCCUGAAGACCUUGACGCUCGACUACCGCGGCGUCUUUGGCACGCUGGGCAUUCUGGACGAGGAUGACGGGGAGCGCUUAUGCCAGCUUCUUCCCCGUUCCGUUCGCGAUUUCACCCUGGUAUGUGAGUGGGGUACCGCCAGGGACUGGAAGCAAACCUACCUUGCAAACCUGGACAUGGUGCUCCACGGCGUCGAGUGUCUCUGUGCGGCCAGGUCCCACGAGCUGUCCAGCAUCUCGCUCGCGAUUCACUCGUGGCCGGCCGAGAGCCGGUUCCACAGGCGCUUCAGGCGGGAGGUGGAGAGCGCACGGCAACGUUGCGCCAAGGCGGGCAUCACGUUUCGGACGUUUGAUUUGCUGCCGUCGUAUCAAGACGAGGACGAACCUCCCCCCACCGAGGAUGAUGAGGAGUUGGAGUUUGAAGAGGGGCGCGAGGAGGAGGAAGAAGGAGGAGGAGGAGGAGGGUUCGAGUAUGCUCCCGCAGCGGAGGAGCUCGAGCUGGAGGAGGAAGACGAGGCGUCCGAAUACUACUUUUCGGGCGAUGAGGAUUCGGACCCAGAACGAGAAGCGCGCCGGCCACCGACAUUCAACGAUUUUCUACAGCAACUCGGCGAGGACCACGGGCACAGCAUCGACGAGCUGUUUUAUGCCUACCACGAGGAUCGAUGGGACGAAUAUCUCUUUUGAGAAAACUUUCGACGAUUUCCCUCUGGACGGCCUCAUCAUCACGAGAGCCUUUCAAGAGAAAAGAACAAAAUUAUCUCAGGGACGGCUGUCUGCCUUUGAAAGGCCACCAUCAUCACUAGAACAUAUUCCCUCUCGGCGAGGACAUUUUGGACAAGCGUUUAUUAUAGCACCUGCUCGUGCCCAGAAACAGGACGGGGCUGCUUUUGUAUGAGCAAUCGGCGCACUUCGAGUGAGAACAAGAGGGAUACCGCGUGUGGGCACUCAAAUGUUC